GGACCAGGACCAGAACCAAGACCAGAAGCAGGACCAGAGCGCGCCCCGUUCAGCUUCUCUUUGGAACUGAUGGCCACCAGUGCCAGCGCCGCCCAACCAUCCAGCAGCAUGGAAGAGUCCCAGCAACCAGAACAGCCAAUCAGCACGCAGCAGGACAGAGACGCCGCUGUGACUUCUCAACCAGUCAGCGCAGAGCAACAAGCCCCACCCCCGACAACAGACGCUCCUGGCGCCAAACAAACAGAGGACGGACAAAACAUGGACCACCUGACAGUGAUCACCGACACCAUGGAGACCAGUAACGGCAUCGGUCCCGUGAGGGUCGACUCGUCGCCCACAGUGUCCUCUGUGUCGCCCAACCUGCACGCCAAGCCGGGCGGUCACGCUAACGGUCGGCCUGGUUUGGGCAGCCGGUCCGGCUCGUUGGCGGCAGGCUCACCCAGGCCCUCGCUCACCCGCCAGCCCAGUGCCAUCACAGAGGCCACUGUGGACGGGUCCAAGCCCAGGGACUACCUGAUCCUGGCCAUCCUGUCCUGCUUCUGCCCGCUGUGGCCGAUCAACAUCGUAGCGCUGACCUUCUCUGUGAUGUCCCGAAACAGUCUGCAGCAAGGCAACGUCGAUGGAGCUCGCCGCUUGGGCCGCAACGCCAUGGUUCUGUCCGUCGUCUCCAUCCUGGGAGGGAUCGCUAUCAUCGCCGCCGCCAUCGCCCUUAACUGGGGAUUGAUUUUAAAAUCCUGAUCAGAACCGGCCCGGAAUGGCAAGACUGACUUACGACAACAUGUGACCGACACGACACCGCUUCCCCUCCGAUUUCCUGAAGCACUAUCGUUCUCAAGCACCUGCACCGGAUGAAACACAAACCUGUUCCUGUACUUUGCUGUUGUUUCUUGCUGCACGACGAGCAUGGUCCGCCUGACGCUCUACCUCCACCCAACCAACCAACCAUCCAACCGACCCACCCACUCCUGACAUGACGCCACCUGAUGGAAUAAGAGAAUUUGAGAAAUCACAAGAGCAGCUUAUCUCCUCCUCAGACCGCUUCCCCUCAUCCAUCAAAGUGUGUCUGUUGUCAUGGAAAUGGACAUCUGUCUCUAUGGAAACAGGAUUAUUCUGAUCUUUACUUGGUGUGAACUUGGGGAUGUGGUUUCACUUUUUGAUGCCAAAAAAAAGAGAAACUUGGUUUUAGCUGAACUGAAACUGAAAGUUGUUGCUGCUGCUGCGAUGUUUGACGUGAACUGAAGACGAACACACUCGGCUGUUUCUGAGGAAGUGGAGGAUUGUUUCAUCGUCCAUCCGAUCUUUUUAUGGCACACACAUAUAAACGUAAAGGUGGACACACCCAUGCUGCUGCUCCGUGGUCAGAGAUCUCACGUCCAGCUGCUGUUCCACAUCUGGGACUUGUAUCGAGGUCUUUGUUCAUUAAACUCACUGAAAGUGUUUUAUUAUCCAUAACAUACAGAAAUAGAUCCACGGCAGACCUUCAUAUUAACUACAUACCACACUUUAAAUAUAAGCAACAAAUCUCAACAAUUUGGUCCAUCUCUCAAUACUUCCUGACUUCCUGUCUCAGCUCCAAGCCAGGUCCCUUUGAUUCCCACUGGUCCCCAUUGGUUCCCAUUGGUCCCCAUUGGUCCCCGUUGGUUUCCAUUGGUUCCCGUUGGCCCCUGUUGGUUUCUAUUGGUUUCCGUUGGCCCCCAUUGGUCCCCAUUGGUUCCUGUUGGUCCCCAUUGGUUCUCGUUGGUCCCUGUUGGCCCCCGUUGGUCCCCAUUGGUCCCCGUUGGUUUCCAUUGGUUCCCGUUGGCCCCUGUUGGUUCCCAUUGGUUCCCAUUGGUCCCCACUGGUUCCACUGGUUCCAUUGGUUCCAUUGGGGAUUGGAUUCCAUUGGAUUGAAUUAUUUUUGUGUAGCAACAUUUAGAGCUUGAUGUAGUAAAACAUGACCUUGAUAUGUAUUUUUUCCCUUAAUGGCCACUCUGUCCCUCUGCACAGCAUACAAACGUACCAUACCACGUACCAGACAUAGUCAAAUAAUUUGCCGUUGGUUUGAGUGUAAACAUGAGAUUUGAUUUGGUCUUUAAACAGAAGUUUACAUUCAUGAAACUACAGCGUUCUGUUUCUUCAUCAUCAGCGUCCACGUCCUCUUCGCUCUCUUGUCCUCUGCCAUUAUGUCCAUAGAGGCCUGUAAACAAACACUAACUCCCCCGGUGUUCUGAGCUGUGAGCUGAGCGGAGCAGCUGGAGGACCUCUGUGUUCGGAUCAGAACUAUUUACUUUGGUUCUCUGUGAGAUGAAAUGUGUCGGGCUCAGCUGUGGUUGUUGCAGGUCUGAGUGCAGCUCUUUGCCUGUAACUGAAUCCAGCCAAGUCCCUCAGCCUCAAACAUAAUGAAUUCAGCUCUCAGACCACAGCAGUGUUUCCACUUAACGGACAGUGAUGGGCAGCUUGAUGCUGUUCUCUGCGACCUGCUAUUCAUUUGGGUCGGUACUGUCCCUUCUUCAUGGCUUGUGUUCUCUUUAAUUUGUCCAGAUCUGUUUAAAGACAGAAACAAUGAGUUUGACUCAGGAUUGAAUGUUCGUUCAUUUUCAGAAAAAAUGACUUUUCAUUUGAUUUGAUUUGAUUUUUGUGCAUCAAACAAACCUGAAUAUGAUUCAGUAUUAAUCCAACGUAUGCUACUUACAACAAGCUGUGUCCCAAUUACAUACCACACAUGAAUUAUACUCUGCUUCAUUUAUCAGAUAACUUUAGUUACUUUCCAGAUAUAUGAGAUACAUAAAGUCAUUAAAAUGAACUCCACAUUUACCAGCAUCAAUAUUAAAGUGGUGAAUAAAUUAAGAAUCAAUAAUUAAAAUCCAAUAUUAUAAUGUAUAUUAUAUAUAUAUAUAUAUAUUUGUGUACUUUGACUUGAAGGAUCAGUGUGUUGGAUUUAGAGGAACCAGCUGAAACAUUCAGCCUCAAAGAGACUGACGGCACAAACACGUAUCAGUGUUUAGUUUGUCCGUUCUGGGCUACAGUAGAAACAUUUUCAGCUGAUUAUACACUUAUAGAAACAGAGUUAUGGAAAUGAUAUUCUGCAAACAGAGCCCUCUGAAUCCAACACACUGAACCCUCAGUAAAGUUCUGAACACAGUACUUUUACUAGCAGAGUAUUUCCAGUAGCGGCAGUUGGGACACGGCUUCGCUCGGCUAACAUGAAGGUGUGUUCUGAUCCGUGAACACGGUAACCGUUAUUACGAGUGGACUGGUUGGGCGUCGCGUUAACUUCUGGCUCUGAUGUGACAGUUUGAGGUGUAACACACCUGUGUGUGGCACAGCCCCCCCCCUCUGCUUUCACCUGUUUAAACUGUUUACUGAGACGCUCUGAGGAAGAAGCUGUUGUUCUGGAACUAGAUCCGCCGUCAUAGGCUCCUAUAACCUGUGCAUGUUUACACUACUUAUUACAGGAUGCUUUUACAUGAAGCUGCAGAGCUAACUGAUAGCACUUUGUAAAUACAUAACCUCUUUUAUUCGUCCUCGAGUCGUCAUGGAGACGAAACUGAAAUGAACACACCGCCAAAAAUGCACACGAACCGCGAGGAGUGAGUUAAUGCACCAAUCAGACGGCGUCUCUGCGUAGAGGUGAGGUCAGGUGAGGUCAGGCUCAAAGGUGGGGGAGGGGCGGGCAGAGCAGGAGGCGCCUGUGAGGUCGCCUCCGUCCUGCUACACCUCCACCCCACCCACUCCUGUACUGUAUGUAGCAUGCCUGUUUACUAAUCACGUUAUGCAAAAGAAAAAAAAGGUGGAUGUCGUCUGAACUUUGCUUGCGCUACCUCUCGAGUCGCCUCACAUCGUUUCAUCUGAUGAUUUGAUCCGACUGUUAAAUCUUCUUGUGCUUUGUUUGUAUUUGGUUCUGAACAGCGUGAUUAUGGUUUUAAUGUCUUUACAUCGUUAAUGGCAAACGUUCUGUACAUAGAAAAAUACAUAAACAGAAGACUGCCCUGAAGAAAUGAGUUACAGUUCUGAGGAAGAUUUUUGGUGAUUAACGUUCAGACAGUUAGAGACAGAUAUCAGAGCAACUUACUAACAUAUAAUUAUUAAUUAAUAAUGUGUUUCAAUAAUGUUAAAAUAUAACGAACUAAGUUUUUGGCUAAUGCAAAGUGGUAGAAACUAGCUAGCCUAACUUAAGCCCAAUGACUUCAUGUUAAUUACCACAGUGUUGUUUUUUUAGGGUACAAGAAAACUGAAAUAUUACGUGACAACAAAAACCUGAGAUAACUUUGAGGAUGUUAGCUGACUGUUAGCCCAGUGAUCCCAUCAUGAGCGCGCUCAUUGGCUCAAAGAGGUUUGCUUUAAUAUCUUUGGAUUUGUUUUGUUUCAUAUCUUUUUAUUUGGAUGUGCAGGAAAGUCAGGCGGUGUUAGUCACAGUAACA